CACCGAAGCGACGGAGCGGAAAAGCGCGAGAAGCGGCUGGGUUCCCUCCGCGCAGAGGCGGUAGUGACACAGGCACAACUGACGGUGGCAGAGGCUCAGCUGAUAAGGACUGGGGACGGCGGUGUCCUUGUCUUGCCUUUGUCGCUCCCGCCCCUCUCUUCCCUGGCUGGGCUGGCGGAGUCCGCGCCGAAGAACCUAAGGAGCCAUAUAUUGAAGACCAUGUCUGGAAGCUUCUACUUUGUAAUUGUUGGUCACCAUGAUAAUCCAGUUUUUGAAAUGGAGUUUUUGCCAGCUGGGAAGGCAGAAUCCAAAGACGACCAUCGUCAUCUGAACCAGUUCAUAGCUCAUGCUGCUCUCGACCUCGUAGAUGAGAACAUGUGGCUGUCGAACAACAUGUACUUGAAAACUGUGGACAAGUUCAACGAGUGGUUUGUGUCAGCAUUUGUCACCGCGGGGCAUAUGAGGUUUAUUAUGCUUCAUGACAUAAGACAAGAAGAUGGAAUAAAGAACUUCUUUACUGAUGUUUAUGAUUUAUAUAUAAAGUUUUCAAUGAAUCCAUUUUAUGAACCCAAUUCUCCUAUUCGAUCAAGUGCAUUUGACAGAAAAGUUCAGUUUCUUGGGAAGAAACACCUUUUAAGCUGAAUGCAGAAAAUUCCAAAAUAAAUGAUACCACCAGAGUGGUGUAUACUCAGGAAUGUGUACAUUGGCCCCCUGGCGAUGGCAGAAAUGAACCCAGCACAGGGCCGUGUGGUCUUUGAGGACGUGGCCAUAUAUUUCUCCCAGGAGGAGUGGGGGCACCUUGAUGAGGCUCAGAGGUUGCUGUACCGUGAUGUGAUGCUGGAGAAUUUGGCCCUUUUGUCCUCGUUAGGUUGUUGCCAUGGAGCUGAGGAUGAGGAGGCACCUUUAGAGCCAGGUGUUUCCGUAGGAGUGUCACAGGUCAUGGCUCCAAAACCCUGUCUAUCUACCCAGAAGACGCAACCGUGUGAGACAUGUAGCUCACUUCUGAAGGACAUUCUGCAUCUGGCUGAGCAUGACGGAUCACACCCCGAGCGGGGACUGUACACGUGUCCAGCACAUCUUCACCAGCACCGAAAGGAGCAGAUUAGAGAGAGACUUUCCAGAGGGGAUGGAGGAAGACCGACAUUUGUGAAGAACCACAGCGUUCACAUGGCAGGGAAGACCUUCUUGUGCAGUGAAUGUGGGAAAGCCUUUAGCCACAGACAUAAACUUGCUGACCAUCAGAAAGUCCACAUGGGAGAAAGACCUUAUAAGUGCAGCAAAUGUGGGAUAUUGUUCAUGGAAAGGUCCACACUCAAUAGACAUCAGAGAACUCACACUGGAGAAAGGUCUUAUGAGUGCAAUGAAUGUGGGAAGGCCUUUCUUUGUAAGUCUCACCUUGUUCGUCACCAGACAAUCCACUCUGGAGAAAGGCCUUAUGAGUGCAGCGAAUGUGGGAAAUUGUUUAUGUGGAGUUCCACACUCAUUACACAUCAGAGGGUUCACACUGGAAAGAGGCCUUAUGGUUGCAGUGAAUGUGGGAAGUUCUUUAAGUGCAACUCAAACCUCUUUAGGCAUUACAGAAUUCAUACAGGAAAAAGGUCUUAUGGUUGCAGUGAAUGUGGGAAGUUCUUUAUGGAGAGGUCUACACUCAGUAGACAUCAGAGAGUUCACACUGGAGAAAAGCCUUAUGAGUGCAACGAAUGUGGGAAAUUCUUUAGCUUGAAAUCUGUCCUCAUUCAGCACCAAAGAGUUCACACUGGAGAACGGCCUUAUGAAUGCGGUGAAUGUGGGAAGGCCUUCCUUACAAAGUCCCACCUCAUUUGUCAUCAGACAGUUCACGCUGCAGCAAAGCAGUGCAGUGAAUGUGGGAAAUUCUUUAGGUAUAACUCCACACUUCUCAGACAUCAGAAAGUCCACACUGGAUAAGGCCCUUAUGAAUGCAGUGGAUGUGGGAAAGCCUUCAGUCGCCAACAUAUUGUGGCUGGACAACAGGCAGUACACACUGGAGAAGGACUGAGUGUCAUGAAUGUGGGUAAUUAUGUAGGUACAGUUCUCCAAUCGCUAUGUAUCAGAUAAUUCACACUGCAGAAAUGUGUGUUCAGCAAACUUGGGACAUUAUUUUGGUUUGACUCUCAUUAGACAUAGGAGAGUUUACACUGAAGAAGAGUCUUUUCAAUAAAGUAGAAAGUGGUAAAGAUUCAACAUGGAAGAUUGUACUUACUGGGCUUCAGAAUAUCCACACUAGUGAAAGUCUUCUGAGUACAGCAAAUGUGUGACAUUAUUUUGCUACUACUUCGCACUACUUAGACACCGGUAGUUCACACUGGAGAAGGGCCACAUAUAUGCCUUGAAUGUAGCCAAGAUAAUGAACAACACCCAGAAAUCUCUGAUUUAGCAAUGAGAACUAGUAUCAUAUGUUUUUUUAAAAAACAAUGGUAAAGUACGUGCCACAUCAAGUUUGCCAUCUUAACUGUUGUCCUGUUUAAUACUUGAAGUACAUUCACAUUGUUGUGCAAAUAAUAUCCUGAACUCUUUAUCUUGUAAAAUGAAACUCUAUAACCAUUAAAUAACAACUCAUUCCCACAUUUCUUCAGUCCUUGGCGACCACCAUGCUAAAGUUAUUAUGAAUCUGACUAUUCUUGGUACUUUACAGAAGAGGAAUCUUAGAGUGUUUUUCAUUAUUUUUUUUUUCACUUAGGAUAAUAUCCCCAAAUUUCAGCCAUGUUUUAGCAUGUGUCAGAAAUUUUAAGGCUGAGCAAUAUUUCAUUGUUGGCAUUUGCCACAUUUCCUUUAUUUAUGACAUCUAUUCAUGGACACUUGGGUUACUUCUACCUCUGGCUAUUGUGAAUGUUGUCCCUACAAGCAUAAGGGCACAAAUAUCUCUUCGAGUCCCUGCUUUCAGUUCUUAUUGGGUAUACCCAAAAAAGUGGAACCGCUGGAUCCUGUGGUAAUUCUAACUUGAAUUCUCUGAUGAACUGAGAAACUUCUCCAUAAAACUUGUACCGUUUUACAUUCCUAGCAUUUCACAAAAGUUGUGAUUUGUCCUCAUUCUAAUCCAUAGAAGGCAACAUUUCUAACAAGUUUCUAGGUGAUUUUGUUGUUGCUGAUGCAGGGACUACAUUUUGAGAACUGCCCUAUCCCAUUUCUAGUACAAUGCAGAUAUUCUGUAAAUACCCCUUGUUUCUGUGUUCUAUCCUGUGAACCUUUUCAUUUUGUUAAUUUUUCCCAAUGUUUACAACCAGGAAAUAGCUUGUCAUCUUUGAUAUAAAAUAGAAAUAUUUGCAAAAUA